AUGAUGAGCACUCAGGAGGACCCCCAUGCUCUGCCAAAUUUCGAGUCGGGUCCCAAUCUUACCGCACCAAAGUUAUAUCUCCCCCCUCUGCUUUCCUCACUUCCAGAGCAUCUACUUCAUCACCAACCCCCGUUAGACCCCCAAUAUCCUCCUCUAAAGACACACACUCGCUUACCUGACAUAGACCCUGCUUCGCUCUCCCUUCACAAGGCCCUUCAUCACUUUAAGCCUUUGACAACCGAUUAUGCCAGCGUACCUUAUGCCGACGCAUUCAAUUGGUCAGAAUUAGUGUUGCCAGAGGAAGAGGAGCGGGAAUGGUAUUGUGUUGUUUUCCGUAGCAAACGGAAACCAGGUCGGGACGACAUAUCACUUUAUGACGCCGACAAGCAUGCCCACGAGGAAGCUAUCAGAAAUGGAGGGUUGAUUCUGUACUGGUAUGGUGUUCCCAAUGAGGUUACAGGGAUGAACCUCGCGACGUGUAUUUGGCAAAGUCGGAAACACGCCACUGCUGCCAACUCUCAACCACACCACAUCAAAGCAAUGCGCUUAGCCGCUCAAGCAUAUGAAAUCUACACGUUGGAGCGAUAUCGUCUCCAGAAGCUCAAAGGAAGCUCAAAUGUGACUGUUCAUAUUUAUGAAGGAGGAGAGGUGGGAUGGUGA